UAUUCUUUGACAAAAUGUCUAUACUUUGCACUACCUGUCAGUUGUCUCUAUCUGUCUAUAUUCUCAAUUCUCAAGCUCGUUUGUCCUUCAGCUGACAUUUCAUUUCUCCAUCUUGUAGGCGAGAGACGUGUCAUUUCCAUUUGCUUUCAUCUUAUCCCGCUAACAUGUCGAAAAUCGGUAUCAAUGGUUUUGGCCGUAUUGGUCGCCUGGUACUCCGUGCUGCCCUUGAGAAGGGCGCCCAAGUCGUAGCCAUCAAUGACCCCUUUAUUGGCCUGGACUACAUGGUGUACCUCUUCAAGUAUGACUCCACACACGGCCGUUUCAAGGGCACUGUAGAAGCUGGCGAUGGUAACCUCAUUGUCAAUGGAAACAAAAUCGCAGUAUUCUCUGAAAGGGACCCCAAGGCUAUUCCAUGGGGCAAGGCUGGAGCUGAAUAUGUUGUAGAAUCAACCGGUGUCUUCACCACAAUUGAUAAGGCAUCUGCUCACUUGGAUGGUGGUGCCAAGAAAGUCAUCAUCUCAGCCCCCAGUGCUGACGCUCCCAUGUUUGUUGUCGGUGUCAACCUUGAAGCCUAUGACCCAUCCUACAAAGUCAUUUCCAAUGCUUCCUGCACAACCAACUGCUUGGCCCCACUUGCCAAAGUUAUCCACGACAACUUUGAAAUUAUUGAAGGUCUCAUGACAACCGUUCACGCUACAACUGCAACCCAGAAGACGGUAGAUGGACCUUCCGGUAAACUGUGGCGCGAUGGCCGUGGUGCCCAACAGAACAUCAUCCCCGCUUCCACUGGAGCAGCCAAAGCUGUAGGCAAGGUCAUCCCUGCUCUAAACGGUAAACUGACUGGAAUGGCAUUCCGUGUACCUGUUGCCAAUGUAUCAGUAGUUGAUCUCACAGUUCGUUUGGGCAAGCCUGCUACCUAUGAUGCUAUUAAGCAGAAAGUUAAGGAAGCUGCAAAUGGCCCUCUCAAGGGAAUUCUCGGAUACACUGAAGACCAAGUUGUAUCAACUGACUUCAUUGGUGACACUCACUCUUCCAUCUUUGAUGCUGCUGCUGGUAUCUCUCUCAAUGACAACUUUGUCAAACUCAUCAGCUGGUAUGACAACGAGUAUGGUUACUCUAGCCGUGUCAUUGACCUCAUCAAGUACAUCCAGAGCAAGGAUUAAAGUAGAACAAGAUUAUUGUACUGUCGAGAUUAACGACAUUAUUAUGUUUAAGUGUAGCUGUGUAUUAUUCUAAAUUAUAAUAUUAUGUUUAUAAAAACUACUUUGAUAGUAGUGUUAUGCUUGUGUAAUUUUAUUUAAUGUGUACAUGUGUAAAAGAUGCAUUGUUUAAUUAAAUUAAUUUAAAGUUGUA